CAAGGGCGUUUUCUGGACCGUUUCAAACCUCUCAGCAGCCUCGUAACAUCUAUUUUAUUUUGCGUGUAGAGUUGAGACCUCACAGUUUAACAAAAUGCUACACAAAAGUGUGUUUCUCUUGUUCGUCGCCCUGGCUGCAUCUGCCUACGACAUGGACCAAGAAGGAAGCUCGUCCAGAAGAGCGCGUUUUUCAUCCAACAGUCCAUCUGAUGUAGCUCGCUGUCUCAAUGGUGCUCUGCAAGUGGGGUGCGGCACCUUUGCUUGUCUGGAGAACUCUACCUGUGAUACGGACGGCAUGCAUGAAAUUUGCAACAACUUUUUUAGUGCUGCUGCUGUUUUUAACACACAGGGUAAGACUUUUGUGAAGGAAAGCCUGAAGUGUAUGGCUAAUGGCAUCACUUCCAAGGUCUUCCAGUCCAUCCGCCACUGCCCAUCAUUCCAAAAGAUGAUUGCUGAAGUGCAAGAGGAUUGCUACAGCAAAUUGGACAUCUGCAAGGUGGCUAGCACCAACCCAGACGCCAUCGGAGAGGUGGUCCAGGUGCCCAUGCAUUUCCCUAACAGGUAUUACAGCACUCUCCUGCAAAGCUUAAUGGAGUGCGACGAGGACACAGUGGCGACUGUGCGCGCCGGCCUGAUGUCCCGCCUCGGCCCCGACAUGUACAUCCUCUUCCAGCUGCUGCAGACCAAGUCCUGCCCCUCCGACGUGUCCGCCGGCGGCCACGCAGGCAUGGAAGGGCGUGGAGGCUACCGCUGGGCCAUGGCCCCCAUGUUCAAGAUCCAGCCCAGCCUGCGCACCCGCGACCCCACUCACCUGUUCGCCAAGAAGCGCUCCAUCGAGGAGAGUCCCUAACUCUGAGGAAGGCGUUGUGAUGGCAUAGGCCUCCAUAAGAUGCAUACAUACAUGAGGUCCCCUCCCACACACACACACACACACACACACACACACACACACACACACACACACACACAAACAUACACACACACAUUCUCAGAAUGCAGUUUCUCACUUUUGUCAUUAUGCACACUUCUGCUGCAGUCUUCCCAUUUAUAAAAACAAUCAAGUAAUGUAUUAAUGCAGCCUUCAAGCACAGAUGAACAAGAUUACUAUCUCAAAUAUAGCAUCUAAAUCUGCAGAACAUCUGAAGAAUAUAGUAAUGUGAAGCUACAUCAACAUAGAGCACUUUACUGCAUUAAGUGGAUGCAUUCAUUUGUGUUUGAUUCCCCCACAGUAAGCCAUUACUGUUGGAUUUACUAAGAAACUGAUCUAAGGCUAACCCCAUGUUAAACAACCAAGAACAUA